GGCUCGGCGCCUGCGCAGUGUUAUUCCAGCCUGUGGCGCAGUCCGGGCUGAGGCGGCUGGUGUAGCGGGUGAGAGGAUGGGGGAUCCGGGGGGUGACGUCAACUCCAACCUGCUGAUCCCCACCGGGACCGGGGACUCCGAGCUGGACAACGCCGUGUGCCGCUGGCUGCACUGGGACAAGAACCUUAAAACCAGAGCGCAGAUCGAGAGCCUUCUACAGGAUGGGAAGAACAAGGAGCUGCGGGACCGGCUGUGCAGCCACAUGUCCUUCGGCACGGCCGGUUUACGUUCCGCCAUGGGGGCCGGGUUCUCCAGAAUCAACGACCUGACUGUCAUACAGACCACACAGGGGAUGUACCACUAUCUGCAGAAAUCUUUCCCUGCUCUCCUCAGUCGGGGCCUCGUGGUCGGCUACGAUACACGUGGACAUGCUGCAAGUAAUUGCACCAGCGAGAGAUUGGCUAAGCUCACGGCCGCCGUCUUUCUCAGCCGAGGUGUACAAGUCUACCUCUUCUCAAGAUACGUCCCGACUCCUUUCCAGCCGUACGCCGUUCAGAAGCUCGGAGCCGCCGCUGGCGUGAUGAUCACCGCGUCUCACAACCGCAAGGAAGACAACGGGUACAAGGUGUAUUGGGAGAACGGGGCUCAGAUCACCUCUCCUCAUGAUAAGGAGAUCCUGCAAUGUGUGGAAGAAGAUCCAAAACCCUGGGCUGAUGCCUGGUGUGAGAGCCUGGCCGACACCAGCCCACUAAGCAAAGAUCCCCUGGAGGAGAUCACAAAGGGUUACAUGGAAGACCUGCAGGCCGUCUGUUUCCACAGGGAGCUGAACCAGAAGACCUCAAUGAAGUUUGUCCACACCUCAUUUCACGGAGUUGGUCACGACUACGUACAGUCAGCUUUCAAAGUGUUCGGCUUUAACCCCCCCAUUCCCGUCGCCGAGCAGAAGGACCCCGACCCAAACUUUUCAACUGUGAAAUGCCCGAAUCCUGAGGAAGGAGAGUGUGUCCUGGACCUGUCUCUCAGGCUGGCGGAGAGGGAGGGGGCCCGGGUGGUGCUGGCUACGGACCCCGAUGCCGAUAGGUUGGCUGUAGCUGAACUACAAGACUCAGGCCGGUGGAAGGUGUUCACAGGGAACGAGCUGGCGGCUCUCCUCGGCUGGUGGAUGUUCUUCUGCUGGCAGAGAUCGGAGGGGACAUGCGAGCCCAGGGACGUGCAUAUGUUGGCCACCACCGUCUCUUCCAAAAUCCUGCAAGCCAUCGCCACACGUGAGGGCCUACACUACGAGGAUACUCUGCCCGGGUUUAAAUGGAUCGGAAACCGAGUGAAGGAUCUCUUGGAUAAAGGGAAAACCGUCCUGUUUGCUUUUGAGGAAUCGAUAGGUUACAUGUGUGGGACAGCCGUGCUGGACAAAGAUGGAGUCAGCGCGGCGGCGGUGGUUGCAGAAAUGGCCGCUUACCUAGACAGCAUCAAAACUAAUCUAAAACAACAACUCACCCAAAUCUAUGAGACAUACGGUUAUCACAUCUCAAAAACCUCCUAUUUCCUGUGCUACGACCCCGCCACUAAUAAGAGGAUAUUUGACCGCCUGAGAAAUUACAGCGGACCCAAAAGGUAUCCUCAGAGUUGUGGGGCGUACGGCAUCCUCCACGUCCGGGAUGUGACCACCGGCUACGACAGCAGUCAGCAGAGCAAGAAAAGUUUGCUUCCGGUGAGUAAGAGCAGCCAGAUGAUCACCUUCACCUUUCAGAACGGUUGUGUGGCCACCCUGAGGAGAAGCGGGACAGAACCAAAGAUCAAGUACUACGCCGAGAUGUGCGGAAGCCCCGGACAGAGCGACAGGCUGUUCCUAGAAGAGGAGCUGAAGAAGGUGAUUGAGGUUUUGGUGGAGGAGUUUCUGGAGCCCAGCAAGAACGGGCUGAUUUGGAGAGCGAUGUGACGAG